GAAAAUUCAUCAAAUUAAAAAGGAAAUGCCUGAAGAAGAAAAAAAUCCUGUAGUAAAAGGAGCAGCUAUAGGUGGGGCAGCAGCAAUGGGAACUGGAGCAACUCUUGCUGCUGGAGGAACCGCAGUUGCAGUAGGACUUGAAGUGGAAGCUGCUGUAGUGGUAGGAGCAGCCUGUGUGGGAGUCGCUGGAGUAGCAAUACUAGUAGGAGGCGCAGCAGUCCUUGGAGGUGUCGGAGUAUAUAAAUUAGUGAAGAAUAUCAAUAAAAGAAGAAAAAACCAGAAAAUCCAACAUAACAGAGAAGCCGAAGAAAUUCAAAGAAGGCAAGCGAGGGAGAAAAUAAAGGAAUUGUUCCUACCAUCUCAGCCGAUUGGGGAUGAUGAUACUCCAUCUCCAGAAGAAGACUUCCUCUUGGAAGCUGAUCAUGAAAGACAAGUAGCUCCUUCAAUAACAGUAGGGCAUAAUAUCAUAUCGAAUCCAGUACUAGAUUGAUUUAUGGGAGCAGCCUUGCAGAGCUUGAUGAGUCUCCCUGAUUUUGUGGACUAUUUCAUUCAUAGCAGAAAUUCUUCCGAUUUUAAAGAAGAAAAUAAACAAGAAUCAUUGAUAGUUGAAAUGAUGAAAGGUUUUGUAAAAGACUACGCAUAUUCACAAGAUCAGGAAAUAGAUGCUCAAGUAUUGAGAUAUGCCUUUGAUCAAGAUUUUCCAAGCGAUAAAGAACACGAUGCUUUUGAGUUUUUGUUGGAACUGUUUGAUAAAAUUCGAGUUGCCAAAAAUUCUGAAAACAUUCAUGAUCAUUUACAAAGAUGUAUUGACAGAAAUGGAAAUCUGAAAAGAUGCCAAAAGUUACACUCUUCGAUCAUCGACAAACUGUUUUCUGGAAUAACCGAAACUAUGUACAAAUGCCAGGUUUGUUCUCAAGCUACUUAUUUGUAUCAAGAAUUUUUGUACAUUCCAUUAAGAUACGAUCCAGGUAACCCUAGAGCAGGAUUCGAAGAGUUUUUUGAUCUUGAAGAAAAGACUCAUGAAAGCUUUUGGAGAUGUGAAAAUUGUGAAAGAGAAACAAAAUGGUUAUUGAGAGAAGAAACAUUCAAAUUUCCAAAAUAUCUAAUAUUUAAAUUUGAAAGUAAUUGUUCUUCAGAAGAGAAUGAAAUUAAAUCCCCAGUGGACUAUCCAAAAAGCUUCACAAAGGAAGAUCCUUUCAGUGAAUCCAAGCUCAAAUACACCCUCACGAGUACAAUCAUCCAUGAACAAGGUUCCUCCUGCGGUCACUACUCAUCAAUCUGCCUCAGAGAGAACCAAUGGUUCCACCUCACUCCUCAUAGCUCUAAGGCCCUAGAAAAUCGUGAAAUUAAAAGCCCAGACGCCUACAUCCUAUUUUACACCGCAGAGGAAAUAAUCUAAAAUUCUCCAGUUCAACAAGUUGAAUAUUCCUC